GUAGUGUUGGUGGUGGCUGGGAUAUGUAUUGUGGUCGCACUGUGUGUUUAUCUUUGGUGGUACUUUACACAAGAGAAAAAAGAAGACAAUCCUUCGUCUUUGGGUGGACCCUAUUCAAGACAGGCAGUUGCUACGGACACUGAAAAAUGUUCCGAAAUUGGCAAUGAUAUCCUGAACUCAAACGGUUCGGCCGUAGACGCAGCCACUGCCGCUAUGUUCUGUCUGGGAGUCAUAAACAUGCAGUCUUCUGGAGUUGGUGGCGGUGGAGUGAUGCUGGUUUAUACUCGAAAACUCAAGAAAGCUAAAGUCAUCGACUUUAGGGACACUGCUCCUGCAGCGACAACGUCUGAUAUGUUUCCACCAACCGAAUCAGGGAAAAACAUGCAAAUAUGGUAAGUGCUAUUUUUUUCUUUUUUACGUUUUUGCCCCCGCAGGGAUUUCGCCCAGAAGGCGAAAUCUUGAGGAGGCAUCCUAGUAUAUAUAGAAAUUAAAGUACUUACAAUUGAAAUAUGCAGUCAGCAUACAGGAAAAAGAAAUCUCGAUUUGUUUGAUCAGGGGCCGCAUGUCUAUUUCCCUCUAUUGCAAUGAUAAUUCAGGUUAUCGUGGCGGAGAUCGAUGUCACCCAACAGCAACACGCAAAAGGGGUGCAUGGCAAAUUCAAGAGAUUAGAGCUGUGAGAGCUUGGCGCCUCCGAGACACGCUUUUCUCGCCGUUUGAUUGGAGUGCUUGCUCACAGUGUCGUGCUGGAAUUAUAAUUAAAGACGUUUUUGGAACUGAUGCACGUCAACCGGAAGUGAUGCCUUUUCCCUUUUAAUUUGACUUGACGCUACCAAAUGGGUCUUCUUGCUAAGUAUCUUUACUCUUGUUGAGAUGAUUUGCCAGAAAAUUUGGGAAAAAUUGCUGCCCAACAAUGUAAAAAAGUUUACUUUGGUUAACGUGCAUCGCUCAGGAAAAACGUCCUUGCUUAAGAGCGGAUGUCAGUAAAUAUCAACCAGAGGUCUACAAAAGUGAAAAAUCGAAAAUUGUCAAAAAAAUUCACAAAGUAGCACUAGGUAAACUAUUAACAUAAAUGUAAUUUUUACUUCGAUCCGAUAAUUAUUUUCCACGUACGGGGAGUUAUUGGUUUCGCGGCUCUAGGACCGGGUUUUCCAGGCCCGAGACCAUGUGUCACAAAAAAAUCGUUUUAAAAUUCAAAUCCAUUGUAAUGCAGACAACAAAUAACUUAUUCAAAAGAGUGCAUAAUUGCACACAUUUUAAGUGGUGAUUUACUCAGUUUGAACAAAAAUGUAAUAUUUUGGAGAUUUUUCAUUAUUUUCAAUAUUUUGAACGUUUUCGUUCAAUGAAAAAAUGGCAAAUUUCAAAGCCCAAAAUCGUCGACUGGUACCUCGAUUUCAGUAACGAGUCUUAUGCCACGUUAAAGAGCGUUGUCCCUUCUUUCAAAAUCUGUUUUCAAAACUAUGGGCAACUUAAAAGAAAAUUUCUGAGGCCAAAAGAUACAAGUAGUACUUUUCUGAAAUUUGAGCUUUCCAGACUCAGCGGGCUGAUGCUCAAAACUCGGAAAAAUACGAUAAGAAAUCAGUUUGAGCAACACUGGUUUCAUGUUAUCAGCUUUCAGAAACCAAGACGUGUUUAUACAGCGAUCUGAUAUAAAUUAAUGCCGUUUGCUAUCAAGAAAGGCAGAUUUAAGCUGUCAACUCCUGCCAAGUGCACCAGUCACGUGAAGUUGUCAAAGGGAGGGCAAAGCACUAAUAUUAAAAAGUCUUAAAAUUCAAAACGUUUUACCUCCAUGAAAUCAGAUUUUAGCGUACAAAAAACCAAAAAUUUUCUUUUAAGUUGCCCAUAGUUUUGAAAACAGAUUUUUAUUGGUUUCCGUCCGCCAUGUUGGUGCUCAUCCAGGUGGGCACCAGCAUGGCGUCUCCAUACAAAUCUCUAUAAAUUUGGGUAAAACAUUUCGUCGGAUGUCUCGUAUACGGAAUAUUCUUCUGACCUGAAUCUUGACGGGGGUCUUUGUGUAUUUACCUUCUUUUAUUUCCCAGAUUCCGGACUUUAUCUAUUGAACAGUCUUUAUUAUUAUUAUUAUUUUUUUGAUCAAUUUUGUAUGGCGUGACACUAAAAACCUAGCCUGCGUAGGAAGCGUUUCUAUGCGGUUUAGGAGCAAAGAAUGAAGAACAAGAGUCACUCGUUUCAUUUCUCGCGCGGCCAAUGCCGAGAAUCCCGUUCCUCGGUCUUUCUUUGCUCCCAAACCAAACGGAAACGCUUGCUACGCAGGCUACCGAAAACCAGCAAUCGUUUUCUUCUAGGUGGUCUUGCCAUCGCUGUUCCUGGUGAGGUUAACGGCCUAUACCGAGCUUGGGAGGAAUACGGUUGGUUACCUUGGAAAGAUCUGGUCCAACCCGCCAUUAACUUAGCCAGAGAAGGAUUUGAAAUAAGCACCGCAGUGGCCGAUGCCUUGAAUGACCAUAUGUUAGAGAGAAUAAAAAAGGAUCCGGGAUUAAGGUGAGCAAUAGCUAUCAUUUCAUCACAUUUUGUUUUGUUUUGUUUUUGUUUUUUUUGGCUUUUAACUGCGCCUGAGGUUUUAGAGUCGUGUCGGGUAUCCUUUUUCAAAAUAUUUUUGGUUCAUUGGGAUAGUUGAAACUGAACCGUGGUAGGCUCCUGGCCCAGGGGGUACUCGAGAAAGUAUUAUACGGUGAGAUUCCGCCCCGAGAGUUAACCCUUCAUCCUUUUAUAGGCCAUUUUUGACAGAAAAGGAACCCUUUCGUAUACCUUCAGUAUUGUCAAAUGGUUCUGAUCCCUUUCACAUACCUACAAACUUUGCUUUCCUUUCAGCUGCUGUAAAUGCACUGUCUUUUAAAUGUGAAUAAAUUACAAGACCAUAACGUUUUCUCGACUCUUUCACAGCUGUUAAAUUCAUCUGUUGGCCCUUUUGGGUCUUUUUACAGAUCGAAAUGACAGACUUCCCAACCCUUUCAUAUAUUUCAGCUAUUGACAUCUCUACCCUUUUAUACACAUGAAGCCUGGAAAAGGUACCCCUUUUAGGUGGAGCCUCCCCAUACGGGCCGGACAUUAUAGGGAGCUAGUACUCCCAUGGGGCUCCCAGUCGCACAAAACUUCUUUGAUUUGACUCUCUAGGACGUAAAAGAACGCUAGCGGCAUAACAAGUCCCAGGCAAUGAAGGUCCCUAGUGUACUAUCCUGAAAUGUCUUGGAUGAGUUAUAAUCUGUACAUGUAGCCUAGGGGGAGAUCAUAAUAUAAUAGCUUCAUGAUACUCGUUCGUAGUGCUGUAACUGCUGCCUGUAAACAGAAUAUUAGGUAUUAGAAAAGUGCCUUAUUUAACAGUGCUGUAAUUUUCUCUUUAUUGCUAUUUAUUGUGACACUUCAGGGAACUUCUCUUGGACAAAAAUGGCAAGCGUUAUAAAAAGGGUACUAUAAUCAAAAACGAAAAGUACGCAAUGACACUACAAAAAAUU